AUGCUAAACGAGCCCAACCGGCCGGUAUUAGGCUGGUUUCUUGUGGACUGGGGGCUGGGAUCUCCGCUGUACCCCGCGGUGGCGCAAGCGGUCGCACAGACGGCAGCCAGAGGUUUUGGGGGCUCGGGGGGCGUUUUCGCAAGGGGGGACAAGGUGGAGUGGGUGUGGCACGACUCCGCGUGCGACGCCCAGAAGGCGUACGCUGCGACGGAAAUCCUGUUGGACACGUACGGCGUGGACCUGAUAGUUGGCCCGGCCUGCUGCUCCUCGGCGGCGGCAGCGAGCGCGUUGGCGGCCAGAAGAGGCGUGCCGGUUGUGUCGUGGGCGUGUUCUGCGGCCCAUUUGUCGGACAAGCUGCUGCACCCGACAUUUCUCCGCGUGGUGGGUGCGAGCGACGAAUUCUCCUUGGCGGUGGGCUCGCUCUACAAGCGGCAAGGCUCGGGGGAAGCGGUGGUUACAAGCAUCCUUUUUGCCGAAGGGCCGUCCAGGGGGCUCGCCUAUGCAUCUCUGGCGCAGCAGAUGAGGCGGGUGCUGGAGGGGCAAGGGGACCCCGUGGGCGUAUACGCCGGGUUCGACGGCGGCGAAUCUUGCAAGGCGGGCGCGGGGGAUGCCAAGGGAGUUCGCAAAGCGGUGGAGGCGGUGCGAGCGGGGAGAGACAACGUGGUGAUCGUUCUGGGCGAAUGCGCCGACUACCGCCAGGUUAUGACGUUCGCGGCGAUGCGGGGCCUCAAGUCGGAGCGAGCGUGGCUUCUCCUGUCCGCAGCGCGUGAUCCGACAUGCCAUGCCAGCGCGGCCGCUUGCGGGAGAGACGACGGACGAGACGCUCUGGCCCUCUCCUCGAUGUCCGGCGCCCUGUCGAUAGACUGGGCGCUGAUGCCGACCUCCCGCACGAGCGCGGAAGCUUACGUUGACCCCGCCGUUGCUCUCGGACGCGAGAGCCCUGCGUCAGAUUUUUUCCCGCCGCCGGCGGGAGAUGCGUCUCCGGUGGUCCCCGGCUCUGGUCCCUCAGGGCCACGGGGGACACCACCUUCACCCGCUGCUUGCGGGGCCGGCGGCGGCGGCGGCAGCAGCAGCAGCCCCGCUGGCGGGGCUUGUUCCGCUCCGUGGUCACCCUGCUGUGAUACCUCUGGCUACCGCUCUGACGGACGUGGUGGCGGAGCAGCGGUAGGAGUGGUCGAAGAGGACGUCGACGUCGACGUCGACGAGACGAAUCGCUGGGGCGGGGGCGGCGGCAGGGUUUGCCCGGGAGCAGCCGGAGACUACCGUUCUAGCCCCGACGAUGGCGUCCCUCGGGGGCUCCUCACGGCGACCGCGCUGAUGUUUGACGCCGUCGAGCUGGGCAUGCGCGUCCUCGCCGCGGCGGGCAGAAGAGGUGGGAUGGUCGGAGACGGCGGAUGGGCUGGGCUGGCAGCCGGCGUUGGGUUCGAGGGUCUAUCUGGCAAGCUCGAGAUGGACGAUCUCGGUAACCGCAAGGGGAUGGACGUCUCGUUCCGGCUGAUGGAAGGUGUCACCGCGUACGGCAUCUCUUUCGUUUCGGGGAAGGAGGCGGCGAGGUACGACUCCGCCUCUGAGACGGUACAGCUUCUACGACAAAUGCAAUGGCCCGCCUCGUUGUCGGCAGUGACUGCUUGUCCCGGGGCAUUGCCUGACGGCGGCGGGCGAAGACCACCGUCGCGUACACAGUCUACGCUAGGCAAGGAUGAUCAUUAUCCUUGUGACAGCACCGUCAGCACCUAUGGCGGCGCCGGCUGUGUGAGCGUCGGCAUCGGCUGUGGAAACAACCGGAACGAUGGCGCAUACGGUCUUCUAGCUGCGCUCGACUGCUUGUCCAAGUCUCCAUUCACGUGCCCGCUGCUGACCCUGGCGCUAGCAGCCUUGCUCGGCGUGGCGCUCACGCUGGCGGCAGCAGCGCCCCGCGAUAAAAUCACCACAAGAGUGCGGCGCCCCGGGUUACCCUCCCCUUCCUUGCCCCCCUCCGUGGUAGAACCUCCCGUUUCCCGGCAGCAGCAGACGGCGGUUAUCGGCGAUUCUCCAGUGACGGCGCGUGCGACCGCGGGUACGGUGGCGGCGGGGGUGAUCGCUGACACGAGCAGGCUGACGCCAACCGGGUUAAGUACCGGGGAAGCGAGAAGCGUGGAAGGAGAGGACAACCGGAUGUCGCCGCCGCCGCCGCCGCCGCCGCCGCCGCCGCGUAGUGAGAGCUUAACCCGAGGAGUAGCUGGCUCUGGUGCUCCGGGCAGUGCAGCUUCGGCGGAGAGUCUUCGUCCGAAUUUCGCAGGCGAUCCUAUCAGGACGGCGGAGGCGGGAGGAGCAGUGCCGGGGGGGUCGGUGGCGGCACUGACGGCAGUGGCAAUAGCAGCAGCCGCUGCUGCUGCUGCCGCCGCGGAGGCCGCGGUGAAAAAUCCGGAGCGGUGGUUGGGCAGCGGCGGCAGCGGCGUAGGCGGCGGCAGCGACGGCGGCGGUGGUAGUGGGGACAGCAGCAUUGGUAGCGGCAUCGCGGCUAGAACUAGGGCGGUUGGGUCCCGUGCAUGGCUGGAGUCCUCUUCUCCUGCUCCGGCCCAGGCACCAAGCUCGGAGAGCGCACCGCCAACUAUGGCGGAUAGAGGAGGGAUAGCUGGAUGGGAAAGCCGAAACACAAGGACAUCGAGGCCAGAAGCGGCGGGGGGAGGAGGGGAUCGCGGGGGUUGGGAUGUUCCUCAUCAUUGGGUGGGCGGGGCCGCGAUUUCUCCCGCCGCGGUCCGGAAGACCGCGUCGCUCGCCUUACAGCGCGCAGCACAGCUUCAGAUGGUGCAGGAAGAGCUCGAGAACAUCAGCGUUCGUGCGAGGGAGGCUCUGGAGGAGGUGGAGGUGGAUGCCAGCCUCGUGAGCAUGGGAGAGAUAAUCGGCUCCGGGACUUUCGCGCAAGUCCGACAAGGGCGCCUCUUCGACACGAAGGGAGUUGUCGGAACAGGUGCGGCCAAGGUAGCGGUGAAAAUCCCGCGGGACGCUCGACCUUCGACCCUCAAGCACUUCUGGUUCGAGGUUCUCAUCAUGAAGGGUUUCAACCACCCGAACAUCGUGCGCUUGCUGAGAGCGACGUGGCGCGGCCCGAGGCUGAUGAUGAUCCUGGAGUUCGUCUCGAGGGGAAACUUGGCCAAGGUCCUGGAAGAAACCCCGGUGUUGUCGUGGCCGCGGCAUAAGUUUCGCAUGUGCCUCGACAUCGCCAAUGGCAUGGCGUACCUGCAUCGCUUCAAGCAUUUCAACGAGCUGUCCAACUCGAUGCACGACUGCAUCAUCCACCGGGACCUGAAGCCGCAGAACCUGCUGGUGACUCACGACUACCGGGUGAAAAUCUCGGACUUUGGUGCAGCCACUGGAAGGGGAAAUGAUCCGCGCGACAUUCAGGUCGGGACGCUGUUGUACAUCGCACCGGAAAUCGUUCGAGGAGAUUGCUACGAUGAGCGUUGCGACAUCUACAGCUUUGCGGUGGUGCUCUUGGCGAUGCUACAACUCAAGGAUGAUGUCGUAACCGUCUUUGCGGAAGAGGCCGUUCGAAGAGGGUCGACCCCCCCCGCGGGCAUGGGGUGGGUGGGAGGGGGCCUGACGCACAUGGCCAUCACUAACCAGAUCGUGAACGAGGGCCUCAGGCCGACGCUACCAUCCGAAGUGUUUCAGACGUUGAGGAUUUUGAUCGAACAGUGCUGGGCGCCGAUUCCGGUAAUGAGACCGACUUUCGAGGAGAUCUUGGAGUUCUUGGAGACCAUCGCAAGGGACGAGAUCUUCGAACGCCAGCAGUCGGAGGGUGAGCCAGAAGUGAACGAAUCGACAGGCAUGAAGUCGGGGGCAGUGCCGGGCCAGCAUGGCUGCGACAAAGAUCCUGUCGUUCAGACUGACGCCGAGGUAACUACUGCUGCUGCUUACGGCUCGAUCCUGGCGAAACGCGAAGCUCGAGCUUCGGUGGAGGAGAUGCCCCAGGGUGCGGUAGCACAGGGCCAUGCCAGCGAGCAGUGUUCCCAGGAUGGGCAUCUUGCUUCCGUAGAGGCGGCAGGGUCGGUCGAAGAACAGCACCACCCCGCGGGCCAGGUGGGGCACACUGGGUCCUCUAAUCUGUUGGCACGUCCUUGGACAAGGAGACGGGGCAAGGGCUUCAUCCCGGUCAAGGGGAGCACGGGCGUGGAGUUCUUGAAGACCAGCAACAGCGCAAUACAUGCAGCACUGGUCGGGCAGAAGCAGCAGCCGCAGCUUGAGGAAGCGCACGGGGUGAGCAUCUUUGCGGACGAGCAUCGAACGAAUGAACCACGAUUUCAAGCAGACCAAACAGCGCGAUUUGGAGGCGGUUUUCACAGUCUUGAAGAGGGAUUUGGGGGCCCAACUUCCAAAUACAUACCCAAAGCGGAGGCGACACGAGCGGUGGGCGACAACCAAGAACCAUCAUCGUUAUCGUCGAAGUUUGCUUCUUCUCGCCGGCGGCUGGGUCCGGAGACCUCCAGCCUGGACGCGAAUAGCUGGCCGUCCAGCUCACCCUCCACUUCCGUGCAAAAGAAGCAGCCCCAGCAGCCAGAUGGCAGUAAAGAGAGUGGGCGCGAUCAGCGAGCUCCCGGGUCCUUGUCGCGAGCGAGAUCGCCGCCAUUCGCUGCCACUCCUGAUGUCACUAUGGCAAACACACCCAGUGGCAGUGGCGGAGCUUACGAGCAACGCAUUGGAGCUAUCGCCGAUGGCGCCGUGAAGCAACAAGUACUCGCCUUGGAGGGCAUUGCGGAAGAGCCCCCGGAAUGGGUCACCCGGCCUGGGGAAUGUGCGGCCGCCCUCCUGUCCAACUACGCGACGCGGGCGACACCGACAGGCAGCAGCAAUCGCAACGAGGGGCGGCGGCAGCAGGAGUCCCAAGAAGCACGAAGGAGCAUAAGAGAAGAGGCGGAAGAGAAGGGAGACGAGAAUGAGAAACGCGAGGAGCAGGGAGGGUUGCUCCAGCAACCCCAGCCGAUGUACAACGACGACGACAAUCGCAGCCACCUAAGGCAUCCGGGACAAACCAGCGGCGGGGGUGCCUGCGCUCCUGAACAAUGCUCCAGUGCUGCCGAGUUGCGACGGACAAGGCAACGGUCGCCUUCCGGCCUCGUGUCCUCUCCUUUUGCCUCCGCCGGACGCGAUGAAAAGCAGCGAUCAGGGCGGUGACGAAAAUUUCGCUGUCGCGCGUGGCUUUUGGUCGGGUGCCGCCACGGUGCGGCCACUCUUGGGGAGUGGGUAGCUCACGCAGUCUCGCCCAUCGGGGAUUGGGAAUAGGGAAGUUGCUCAUGUAUUGCUGGAGGUCGUAGAGGCGUUGGAGGGCGCUGCGUCGGGUGCGCCAUCGUCGUUAGGAAUCGCGACAUGGAGUGUUCGAAGUCCUCGAAGUCCUAAAGCACUGGCAAGGACGUGCAGUGGUCAAGCGUGGACGGCGCAACGUGCGACACUGGUUCUGCCGGUUGCAGCGCAAACGAAAUCUUCGCCGUGCGUGCUUGUAUCUCGUUACUGAACGGUUGUAGGCCAAUCGCAAGUUGUGCUGCUUGUCGCCGAAGAUAUAGAGCUGUUGUGUUAUUACUUUCAAGGUGGUCUGCCUCUGUCUCGUCGUCGUUUAGCUGCAUGGUUGUGGUAGGGCUCGGCAUGUAUCUGAUAAUACAGCAGUCGAACAUUUUCAAACAGUAGUAGCUCUUGGCGGUUUUGGAGCCCCGUUAGCGUGGGUUGACGGAAAGGCUCACGUCGCGCCAAUGCAAAAAAAUUAAACACGUUUGCACCUACGACCAUAGGUUACAAUAUAUUCCGCCACAAGGGUUGUUUACUUUGUUGAUAAAGCGUUCGAUUUUCUCUUUUUGUUUGUAUGUUUCAGAAGUUUCGUUUCGGCACCCCUCUCGAUUACAACGAAGAGCCAACGGUCAACGGCAACGGCACAACCUUUGUUUGCGUGUGCACAUGCUGAGUUUUUUUUCCUAUUUUGCCUUCUGAACUGAUUACCCCCCGCUGUGGGCACCCAGAUUUCUUGCGAGUAUGCUCUCGUGCUCAAGACCACAGAGCGUUGAUU